AUGAAUAUCACACUUUAUUCAUUUCUUUAUGUCCUCAGAUUAAAUGAAAGGAAUAAUACUGGAAUAAAUAUAGAUGAAAGAAAGAAAAUGCAAGGAGAAAACUUCACCAUUUGGAGCAUUUUUUUCUUGGAGGGAUUUUCCCAGUACCCAAGGUUAAAGGUGGUUCUCUUCGUCUUCAGUCUUGUAAUGUAUCUGACAACCCUCUUGGGCAACAGCACUCUUAUUUUAAUCACUAUCCUAGAUUUAUGCCUUAAAACCCCCAUGUACUUAUUCCUUGGAAAUCUCUCUUUCAUGGAUAUUUGUUACACAUCUGCCUCUGUUCCUACUUUGCUGGUGAACUUGCUGUCAUCCCAGAAAACCAUUAUCUUUUCUGGGUGUGCCGUACAGGUGUAUCUGCCCCUUGCCAUGGGCUCAGAGUGUGUGCUCCUGGCCGUGAUGGCAUAUGACCGUUAUGUGGCCAUUUGCAACCCGCUGAGAUACUCCGUCAUCAUGAACAGGUGCGUCUGUGCACGGAUGGCCACGGUCUCCUGGGUGACGGGUUACCUGACCGCCCUGCUGGAAACCAGUUUCGCCCUGCAGAUACUCCUCUGUGGGAAUCUCAUCGAUCACUUCACGUGUGAAGUUCUGGUGGUGCUAAAGUUAGCUUGCACAAGUUCACUGCUCAUGAACACGAUCAUGCUGGUGGUCAGCAUUCUCCUCUUGCCAAUUCCAAUGCUCUUAAUUUGCAUCUCUUACAUCUUCAUCCUUUCCACUAUUCUGAGAAUCAGCUCAGCAGAGGGAAGAAACAAGGCUUUUUCUACCUGUGGUGCCCAUUUGACUGUGGGGAUCUUGUAUUAUGGGGCUGCCCUCUCUAUGUACCUAAAGCCUUCUUCAUCAAAUGCACAAAAAAUAGACAAAAUCAUCUUGUUACUUUAUGGAGUGCUUACCCCUAUGUUGAACCCCAUAAUUUACAGUUUAAGAAACAAGGAAGUCAAAGAUGCUAUGAAGAAAUUGCUGGGCAAAAUACCAUUGCAUCAAACACAUGAGCAUCUCUGA